AUGCCAGUUCGUUUGAGUGUAAGGGUCCCCAGGGUAAACCAGCUUUUGUGCAAGGGCGAUCCCCCGUUUCGUUGCGAACAUUUUGACACGAUGCUGAGCACUGUUGAUCUUGCUGGCCCAGACAAGACUUGGAUACACACGCGGAUUUGCGUUUUUCCAGCGCCCAGCAUCUGUCCAGCAAGGUACGCGGGAUCUCUGUGCCUGCGAGCGGCGUCUGCAUGCUCGGCGUGUGAAUCCAGCAAGCGGCCGUGUUUGCUUCCUGUUCUUUGUUGCGUAAUGGAUUGUAGGCUUUCCAGAAUGAUUCUUGUACGAUGCAGAGUACGUGGGCAAUCCUUAUCAGUAUCCUCCCUACGAGGGCACGUUGUGUCACAUCUUUGCUGUGGGCUGCCCCUGCAGGUAGGAGUGGGCCGCCUCUCGUCGCCGCGGGUCCAGGAGCUGAUCGAUAUCAUGCAGAUCAACCUCUCGUGGCGCAUCAAUGCCAUCUCCGACGGGCAGCGCCGGCGCUGCCAGUUGCUGGAGUGCCUGGCCGAGGAGAAGAAGGUGUACGUCCUUGACGAGAUCACUACGGACCUGGACCUCUACGCCCGCGAGGGCCUGCUGGACUUUCUGAGGCGCGAGACGGAAAGCAAGGGCGCCACCGUCUUCUACGCCACGCACAUAUUCGACUCGCUGUCCUCCUGGGCCACGCACUGCGUGCACUUCGCGAAGGGCAAGAUCGCGAGGUCCUGCAGGAUGGAGGAGCUGAAGGAAUUUCACGAUCUGGUUGCCAGUGGCGCGCGCACCCCGCUGUAUUCACUCAUGAAGGAGUGGGUGCUCCAGGAGUACACUCCGCCGAAGGCACCCAACGUGCUGGACGGGGCACCCGUGGUGCCGGAGCCUCAGUGCCCGACGCUUGAGGUGACAAAUCUGCAGUUUUCUUACAUUCCUGGCGCCCCGCUCAACGUGCACGGAGCCAGCUUCAGCUUCACCCGGGGCGCUCGCAUCUUGGUGGUGGGCGCCAACGGCGCUUGCAAGUCCACAGUCAUGUCCAUCCUGGGAGGCAAGCGAAUGAUUCCGCGCGGCUUUGCAAAAGUCAUCGGCAAGGAUUGUUUCAACGACCCUGCGAGUGGCAAGGACGUGAUGUACUGCGGCGAUUGGUGGAACACGAACUUCUUUAUGAACCUCACGAUCCGCGAGCUCCUCGGAGCCAAGGUCGUUGAUACGCCGCGUUGCACUCACCUGGCGGAGAUCUUGCAGGUCGACCUAGACUGGAAGAUCAACAGCGUCUCGGACGGGCAGCGCCGACGGUGCCAGCUGCUGGAGAUCCUGGCCACGCCGCGGCCCGUCUACCUCAUGGACGAGAUCACGUCCGACCUCGACAUCUCGAAGAAGGGCAUCCUGGGGUUCUUGAAAGCCGAGUCCGAGCAGCGUGGCUGCACCAUCUUCUACUGCACGCACAUCUUCGACGAGCUGGAGGGCUGGCCCGACCACCUGCUGCACCUGUCGAAGGGCCGCGUGGUGCGGGCGUGCCCGUUUAGCGAGGUCCAGGAGUACCACCAGCUGUGCAGUGAGGGGUGCAACACGCCUCUCUACUCCACGGUCAGGAGGUGGAUCUACGCGGAGUACGCCGAGUCCGAGGGGGCGCAGCCAUGGAGGGUGGCAGACGAGAAGUCCAUGGCGGACGGGCGCAUCCCCAACCUCGGGCUCGCAGGCCCCUUCCAGACGGCCUGCGGCUGA